AUGAGCAGUCUGCAGAACCCCUUUGAGGACUCUCAGCGCUUAUCAAGCGAUUCUGUGACGUCUGACUUUUUGCACCAAGAUUCCUCGGCGCAACAAUCGCUUCUUCAAUCUGAACCAGAUGGGCUAAGAACCCACCACGACACCCGUGCGAGAACUGGUGCUCCUGGAAGACCCAUAUCCAACAAAAAUCUUCAUUUAUCACGCGAUACCGACAAACCAUAUGAUUCUUUCCUUGAACAUAAAAUAGAUGACGACGAAAAAACCGAGAAUGGAUCGGGAUUGAGCGAUUCUUCUGCUUCCGCUUCUCAAGCAGUAACACACCGGCGUAACAGUAGUGAUUUGGAAUACGACUCCGAUGAUCCGGUUCGUUUAGCAAAUGCGCUGUCUUUUGACGGUCUGGCUGGGUACUUGGAUGAUUAUGGAAACCGUUACGACCAUGUCGAUUUCGACUCUAAAGGGUAUACAAACAAGCUUUCGUUCAAGGGAAACAGACUUGUCUAUUUUACAUCGGCAUUUGUUUCAUUAUUUGUAUCGCUUUUCGGAUACGAACAGGGUGUAUGCUCAGGAAUAUUGACGUUUGUCACCUUUGACAAAUACUUUAACUCCCCAAGCUCAGCACAAAUAGGGUUCAUCAUUGCAAUUCUCGAGAUUGGUGCCAUGAUUUCUUCCUUGAUGGUGGCAAAAUUGUCUGAUAAAUUGGGAAGAAAACGCACUAUUUUAAUCGGUACUUUCAUCUUCAUGAUUGGCGGUCUGUUUCAAUCAUUUGCAUCAAAUCUCUUUGUUUUCGCCAUUGGCAGAGUGCUUUCGGGGUUCGGUGUUGGUAUUCUCCUGACAAUGGUACCCUCCUACCAGUGUGAAAUAUCUCCUUCUGAAGAACGAGGUAAACUCGUGUGUGGUGAAUUCACCGGUAAUAUUAGUGGUUAUGCAUUGAGUGUGUGGGUUGAUUAUUUUUGUUACUUUAUCCAGAACGUGGGUAAUGCUCGUAAGGACCCCCAUUCAUUUGCUGCUAACCUCCUGUGGCGGCUUCCUCUAUUCAUUCAGGUUGUAAUUGCAUUUGUUUUAUUUUUGGGUGGCUUUUUCAUAGUCGAGUCGCCUCGAUGGUUAUUGGACGUGGAUAUGGAUCAGCAAGGAUUUCAUGUUCUUUGUUUAUUGUACGACAGCUCUCCAGAUCGUGACAAGCCUCGCAAAGAAUUCUUUAUGAUAAAGAAUUCUAUCUUACAUGAACGGGUCACCACUCCAAAAUAUGAGAGAAGUUGGAGACACAUGUUACGUCAUUACAAGACAAGAGUAUUGAUCGCAUGUUCAGCACUUGGAUUUGCUCAAUUGAAUGGUAUCAAUAUCAUUUCCUACUAUGCUCCAUUGGUAUUUCAAGAAGCAGGCUUCGAAGAUUCCAAAGCAUUGCUUAUGACAGGAGUCAAUGCUCUUGUAUACCUCGCAUCUACGAUUCCACCAUGGUUCUUAGUGGACAAGUGGGGUCGUAAACCCAUCUUGAUAAGUGGUGGAGCCCUGAUGGCAGUUUGCCUAUUUCUCAUUGCCUUGUUCAUGUUUUUGGACAAAUCUUACACCCUGUCUUUAGUGGCACUUCUUGUCAUUAUCUACAAUGCAUCGUUUGGUUAUAGCUGGGGUCCUAUUGGAUUUUUGAUUCCGCCAGAGGUGCUUCCUAUGGCUAUUCGAUCCAAAGGUGUUUCGUUAUCGACCGCUACGAAUUGGCUAGCUAAUUACAUUGUUGGACAACUUACCCCAGUACUUCAAGAACUGAUAGGGUGGGCAAUGUAUCUUAUACCCGCAGGCUUUUGCAUAAUAUCAGCAGGUGUGGUUAUCGUAUUUUAUCCCGAGACGAAAGGCAUAGAGUUGGAGGAUAUUGAUAAGCUUUUUGCAGAUUAUUAUGGCAAACUGGGACCUAAAAUGAAUGAGUAUGCACUAGUCGGAAUCCGCGACGAUGCAGAUGACGACAUAGACGAUAUGGAUUACGAAAGAACAAUGUUAUAG